GAAAACCCCCAAAAAAUGUUGGGCUUCGAUUUGAAAUAAUUUUUGGUCUUUUUUUCUUUUUUUCUUUUUACAAAUGGUGAAUAAUUUCAAUUUAAUAGAAUAAAAUGGUCUCAAUUAUGCUUUCAACUAUAGUAAAUUUAUAGUAUUGAGCUCCAUUUGAUUGGGGACAGCUGAUUGCUCUGUGAUCAAGAGAAGUUCUGGAAGAAAGAAGCUGGUUUCAAUAGCCGCAAUUCCAAAGGGGAAUUGAAUGAAGAAGAGACUUGACGACGACAAGAUGACCGUAGAAAUGUCACUGAGGCUCAAACCUCUCUUACAGCGUCUCUGAUGAAGAUGAAUGGAAACAAAGAUGUCUUGAAGAUAAAACAAAAACAUUAUGGGAGGCAAUCCAUCAGCAGAACAACAACACCUCCUGAAGAAGGUUCAAGAAUUUGAAGCAGAACAAUUAUAUCUCAAAGAAGAGAUCUACAAAUUAACCCUUUCGUCUUCUUACAUACCUAGUAAAUCAGGUUUCAUUAAAAGAUCCAACUGUGCACGAAAUGACAGUGUUGCUGGUGAUGAUGAUGAGGGAAAUAGUUGUAACUCUGAUAAUUGGAAAAUGGGUUCUGCUUCAUUUGGAUUUUCACCCCCUUUACAGAGUCAGAGUAGGAGGAGAAGACCUAGAGCCGAGUUUUCAUACCCUAAUACAGGAAUUGAAACUUCUGUUCUGAGUUUUACUGAUAAGCAGUUUUUGAAUAUCUUGCAGUCUAUGGGUCAGUCUAUUCAUAUUUUUGAUACUACUGGUUGCAUAAUUUACUGGAAUUGCAUGGCAGAGCUCCUCUUUGGACACUCUGCAUCAGAAGCGCUUGGCCAGAAUGUCUGUGAGUUACUCGUACAUUCCCAAGACGCUGAUGAAGGAAAUGAAAUAGUGGAGAGGAUUAUCGCGGGAGAAGAUUGGACAGGACAGUUCCCAGUAAGGAAUAAAGUAGGGGAAGCUUUUUGUAUCAUUGUGACCAGUACCACAUUAUAUGAUGAUAAUGGUAGAUUGGUAGGGAUUAUUUGUAUAUCAGGUGAUGCAGAUCCCUUUAGAGAUGUUUUCGUUCCAUUUUCUGGAAAAAUUUCUCCUAAAGGGUGUUCAAACUCUAGAUGGCUUAGGAGUUGUAGCCCAACAGUUCAACCUGGUGUUAAUACUCAGCAACCUCUGCAAGAUAUGGUCGCCUCAAACAAAUCGAAUUUGGCAUGUAGAGUGUCCAACAAAGUUUGGUUUGAAAUGAAGACUAACGAGAACACUUUGGGGCCGGAAGUCCAGUCUGGAGAUAGCGAUUAUUUUUAUCACAGGAAGGAUCUAAGUUCGAGUAGAGCUAGCACACCUAGACGAGGCAUACUCCCGUCUCCCUUUGGUGUUCCUAUCAAAGAUACCCUAGAGAGAAGAUCCCUUGAACAACCUGUCAGAGAUUCUGGUCGCGAUGAUGGUGAUGGGGUGAUUGGGACGUACAAGAAAAUAACCUCUAAGGCAGAGGCUUGGAUUAGCAAAAAGGGGAUAUCAUGGCCAUGGAUGGGAAGUGAGCAGGAUGCGUUGGUAGCGCGGACUACCCAUGAUGUCAUUCCAUUCGCGAAUCAUGAUGGUGAAAUUUACUUUGAUCAACAGAAGAAUUCUGAUUUUAACGAAAGGCUGGGGUUCCAGGUUGUUGGUAAUAACCAGUUAGAAUGUGAAGCCCCAGGUUCUUUGCCUCCUUCUAUUGUCAAACGUACAAGCAGUGUGAGCACAAGUGGUAAUAAAAGAAGCAGUGGUAUUCGUAAAGUUGACAGGGAAACAUGUUCCUUGGAUUAUGAUAUCUUGUGGGAAGAUUUGACAAUCGGGGAAAAAAUCGGUCAAGGUUCAUGUGGAAGUGUGUAUCGUGGUCUAUGGUGUGGCUCGGAUGUUGCACUAAAGCGAUUCUCAAAAGAUGGUUACUCAGAUGACUUGCUGCAUUCCUACAGACAAGAGGUCUUACUUAUGAAGAGGCUCCGGCAUCCAAAUGUACUACUAUUUAUGGGGGCAGUAGCAUCACCUCAGCAUCUCUGCAUUGUUACAGAGUUCCUGCCACGUGGAAGUUUGUAUCAGUUGCUUCGGCGGGGCUCUCAGAAAUUAGAUUGCAGGCGACGUAUUCUCAUGGCUUUGGACAUUGCACGGGGUAUGAAUUAUCUUCAUCUUUGCAACCCACCUAUUGUUCAUCGUGACUUGAAGUCAUCAAAUCUGUUGGUUGAUAAAAACUGGACUGUGAAGGUUGCCGACUUUGGUCUCUCAAAAUUCAAGCAGCAAACAUUUCUGUCAACCUUGACCGGACGAGGAACGCCGCAGUGGAUGGCUCCAGAGGUUCUCCGUAAUGAUCGGUCAGAUGAGAAGUCUGACAUUUAUAGUUAUGGAGUAGUAUUGUGGGAAAUUGCCACACAAAAGAUCCCUUGGGAUAACUAUAACUCAAUGCAGGUGAUUGGAGCUGUAGGAUUCAUGGACCAACGACUUGACAUUCCAAAAGAAAUGGAUCCAGAAUGGGCCUCUAUAAUUGAGAGCUGCUGGCAAAGUGACCCAGAACACCGACCAACAUUUCGGGAACUGGUUGAGAAAUUAAAGCAUCUGCAGAGACUUCAAGCCCAAGCAUCCCGCUUAGCACAAGGCAGUGAAACUACAACGUCGGCACUAGAUAUUUGAAUUCGUUGCACAACAUCAGCACCAGAAAUGUCUGGUGGAUGGCUGGAUUCAUGGUCAUAUUUCGAGGUUGUGUUUCAACCUCUAGAACUCAGAUUGGGGCGUAGAACUUGCACUUGACAUGACAUUAUGCUGCUCUUUCCGGUUGGAACAGAAGCAUCGAACUUUUAUGCUGUAUAAAAGGAACACCGUUUUUUUUUCCUUGUGUAAAACAAGUGUUUUGUGACAUUACCCAGUAAACUUGUUUUUGCUUAA